AUGGCCAGCAGAAUAUAUUAUUCUAAUCGACCAGGCGCUGACCUCAGAGUGGUUCUGGUGGGUCAGGAAAGAGUGGGGAAGAGCUCAGCGGGAAACACCAUCCUGGGAAAGAAGGAGUUUAACUGUCGGAUCAGCUCCAUCCCGCUGACUGUGAGCUCUGAAAAGAUAGAAGGGGAGUUUCGGGGCCGCAGAGUCUCUGUGGUGGAUACCCCUGGACUCUGCAGCUCCCAGCUGUCUGCACAGCAGGUGGAAGCAGAGCUGAUUAAAGCCGUCGAGCUGAGCUAUCCGGGGCCUCACGUCUUCCUGCUCACGCUCCAGCUGGGAAGAUUCACCCCCCAAGAGCAGAGGGGGCUGCAGACCCUGCAGAGCAUGCUGAGUCCUGAGGUGUCCCAACACACCAUGCUGCUGUUCACCUAUGGAGACCGGCUGGAGGACAUGAGCAUGGAGCAGCUCAUCAGGGAGGAUGUCAUCCUGCAGGGGCUGCUGCAGAGCUGCAGCGGGGUGUACCAUGUGUUCAACAACAGGGAGACAGGAGACCGGAGGCAGGUCCAGGAGCUGCUGGACAAGAUAGACUCCAUCUCAAAGGGGGGCACAGUCCACUAUGAGAUGGGAGCCCAGACAAGGGUCUCAGGGGUCUGGGGUCUUCCUAUUAAGGUUAUUGGAAAUAUUCGAAAGGGCGGUGACUGGUUAUGUUCUAAGAUAACUGAACCAGGCGCUGACCUCAGAGUGGUUCUGGUGGGUCAGGAAAGAGUGGGGAAGAGCUCAGCGGGAAACACCAUCCUGGGAAAGAAGGAGUUUAACUGUCGGAUCAGCUCCAUCCCGCUGACUGUGAGCUCUGAAAAGAUAGAAGGGGAGUUUCGGGGCCGCAGAGUCUCUGUGGUGGACACCCCUGGACUCUGCAGCUCCCAGCUGUCUGCACAGCAGUUGGAAGCAGAGCUGAUUAAAGCCGUCCAGCUGAGCAAUCCGGGGCCUCACGUCUUCCUGCUCACGCUCCAGCUGGGAAGAGUCACCCCCCAAGAGCAGAGGGGGCUGCAGACCCUGCAGAGCAUGCUGAGUCCUGAGGUGUCCAAACACACCAUGCUGCUGUUCACCUAUGGAGAUCGGCUGGAGGACAUGAGCAUGGAGCAGCUCAUCAGGGAGGAUGUCAUCCUGCAGGGGCUGCUGAGGAAAUGCAGCGGGGAGUACCAUGUGUUCAACAACAGGGAGACGGGAGACCGGAGGCAGGUCCAGGAGCUGCUGGACAAGAUAGACUCCAUCUCAAAGGGGGGCACAGUCCACUAUGAGAUGGGAGCCCAGACAAGGGUCUCAGGGGUCUGGGGUCUUCCUGUCAGGGUUUAUGGAGGUAUUCGACAGGAGGUGGCUCCGGCCAAUCCGGUGACAGUCUCUGGGCUGCUGGGCAGGACUCACCGGCAGCCGUUGGAGGCAGAUCCAGCUGUCAUCAGCACGGUUAAGACACCGAAGACUGACAAACGCCGAUAA